AAGAAAAAAAGGUAGAGCGGUGAUACGAGUGAGGGUUUACAGAGCUUUGUUGAACUUCGAUACUUCCUUUCUCCAUCAAUAUCUGACUCAUUUCAACUCAAUUUUCUUACUACUUUUUUCCUUUCACUUUUCCUUUUCAGUUACACAUUUAUAGGUGUAGGAAGAGGAUGAAGAGGUCAUUUCCAUGGGAUGAACAAGUAGAUGUAUCAGUUUCACUCUCAACACCAUUCAACUCUCCUCCUCCUUCUUCUUCUUCCCCAAACUCCACCGGUAACGGUCUUCUUCCUAACACUUCUUCAAUUCACAUUUCACUCCCAAAUCCCUCCACAGAUAUCAGCUCCUUAGAUGUACUCACCCGGCGGGCAGCAAUGUAUCAGGAUUACAUGAAACAGAUCCCAAUCCCAAGUAGUCGAGGCUCUGUCAUCCCGUUUAAUUCAUGGAUGGGAUUAGGCAGUUCCAUUAAGCAGCUAUACGGGCAGCCUCUCCAUUACCUCACAAAUAUCCUCCUUAAGCAAUGGGACCAAUUGAGAAUUGGUGGCGAGGAUGAAUAUAUGCCCUUGGACGACAUAAUUCAUCCAAGCAAAGCUGAAGCCACGGUCUGGCUCAUCGAAGAAAUCCAUCGACAAACCUCGUCACAUUUUCAUAUUGCUAAUCUCUGGAAGACGGACCCAAUGUACCAUGGGUUUGUUGAUUCCAUUUUCCCAACAUUACAGCAAACAUCUUGAAGCCAUUUAUUUAGAGACUUUGUAGUUUGUACUGUAUCCUGCAAAUCGUAUGUUGUAUUUUCCUUUUGGUAAAGAAAAAUGGAACCACAUCCUUGAUCCUUUCCUCCAUAUUUUCUGCUUUAGUCUAUUUUCCCUUUUAAUA